UGAAUAACAGCGGUUUUCCCGCCAAGACGCAUUUCAUAGUGAAACAAAUAGUUAAGUACUUCAAUCAUGAGUCUAUCACGAGGUGCAUUUAUUGUAUUUGAAGGCCUAGAUAGAACCGGCAAAACAUCGCAAACACGACGAUUGUAUAACCGGUUGACCGAGAAGGGAAUCAAAGCAAAACUAAUUCAUUUCCCAGAGCGCUCCUCGGCCAUUGGUCAGGUGAUAAAUGCCUACUUGACAAAUGCACAAGAUCUACCCGAUGAGGUGAUACACCUAAUGUUCUCUGCCAAUCGCUGGGAGCACAUCAAUGGCAUACGACAGGAAAUGUUGGCGGGCACAACAUUCAUAUGCGAUCGCUAUGCGUACUCUGGAGCCGCUUACUCGGUGGCCAAGGGUCUGCACUUUGAUUGGUGUUGUUCACCCGAUCGAGGACUAAUUAAACCCGACGCUGUCAUCUAUCUGAAGGCAUCGUCUGAUGAGGCAAUUGCAUCACGUGGCAACUACGGCGGCGAACGUUAUGAGAAAUUGGAAUUCCAGCGCAAAGUGGGCGUGGUAUUUGAUCAGUUCUGUGAAAAAGAGUCGAGCUAUUGGCAUCAGUUCGACGCCUGCCAAAGCGAAGAGAAUCUCCAUGCAGAAAUUGCAGCAAUUGUCGACGAAGUGUUGAAAGAGACACCUUCACAGUCGCUGGCCAAGCUCACCUAACGUAUUACCCGAGGGGAUUUAAAUUGAUUUACGCGGCGUACAUUUAAGUGUUUAAUUUACGAUGUAAAUAGAUUGUUUGGAUAAAUGCAUUUGUAGCUGGGAGUGGGAGGGAUUAGGA